AUGUCGGGCUCAGAAUACUCCAACCCUGAUAUCUUUGCGAAUAGGCUGACAGAUCCCAAAAUAUCAUUUAAAACGAAGUCUACCAUUGCGACAAAUUUGAGGGAUUCGGUCGAAAUAUUCCAAAAUGCAGAUUAUAACCGUUUUCUUCAAGUUAUGAUGCCUGUGCUAACCAAAAUCUUGAAGGAUGAGCCCCCUGUGUUCGAUAGCAAUUCCGAAGAACAGAAACUUCGUAAUCUUCUUUUGGAAGUGCUGCAUCGAUUACCUCCAAACGACUCGCUUUUACCAUACGCCGUUGACUUGUUAAACCUAUUAAUGGAUUUACUUAAAAGGGAAAAUGAAGAUAACGCGGUUAUCUGUUUGAAGAUUAUUAUUGAAUUACACCGAAGUUAUAAGAAUCCGCUUAAAGAUCAAGUUCAACCAUUCUUGAACAUUGUUCAAGAAAUGUAUAGAAACUUAGAACAAACUGUCAAAGAUGCUUUUGAUUCACAAACCGCUUCCACACCAAGCGCCAGCACCCCAAUUCAGCCAAUAGUUCUCGUACCUCCUUCCCCACGCCCAUCAUCUCCUGUAUCAGACGUCACAACGAAUGAAGUUAUUCCCAAUAAAGUCUUGGCUAGAAGCAUGCAUAGUUUUAAAGUCUUGGCUGAAUGCCCUAUUAUUGUAGUCUUACUCUUCUCAUCCCACCGUAACUCUGUGAAUACAAACAUCGAAAAUUUUAUCCCACUUGUUAUACAGGCACUCGGAUUACAAGCUCGCCCACAAGCCGAUGCACAUGAAGCUGCUAAGGCAAAGGGUGAAGAAUUUAUUGGGGUGGCACCGGGUAUUCGAGACCGUGCAAAGUACACAGAAUUUAUCAUAGCACAAGUAAAAACAACAUCUUUUCUGGCAUAUAUACUGCGAGUCUAUACCCAGGCAUUACUAGAGUAUAAAGAAAUGAUUCCGGAGUUUGUUAUAAGACUACUCCAAGACUGUCCACCCGAAGCUUCAGCUACCAGAAAGGAAUUGCUGGUUGCAACAAGGCAUAUUCUUUCGACUGAUUUUCGAACAGCUUUUGUUAGCAAAAUUGACAUACUUCUCAACGAGAGGAUUUUGAUUGGCAGCGGAUUAUCAAAGACUGUAUACAUAUAUUCGCGUAAUUUACAUGAUCCAUCAUUAGCUGCUAACAUUCAAACAAUGUGUUCCAAGCUCCUUCUAAAUUUAACCGAAUGCAUCAUGAAGAUUCCAAAAACAGACGAAGAAAAUCAAGCACGUGAUUUGCUGAUCAGGAUUUUGGAUACCUUCGCCAACAAAUUUAUGUCUUUGAAUUUGGUCUUUUCUGACAUUCAACGUCAGCAACAGAAAAAGAAAAAUAACGCUAUGACUGAUGCAGAUGAUGAAGGGCUAAUGAAUGAUUUUGAUUUCGAACAAGCACGCCCAAUACAUACUUCUACGCCUAACGAAUUGCAGAAUGAUGCUAUCAAUGGCAUGUUUACUAUCCAAGUAAAUCUUGUCGCUGGAUUGAAACCUAUUAUUCAGGGGCUGAAGCAGUGUAAUCCACCUCCACCUAAAGGGUCUACCAAUGUUCAACUUUAUAAUUCAGUUGCUCGUGGAUUCACACAGGAGCAGAUAGAUAUAUUUAUUCGGUUGUUCAGAGAAGGAGCACGCUGUUUUGAUUAUUUUAAUAUCGAUAAUGUAGAUCCACAAAUUAAAUUUUCGGAUAAGCUAAUGUCGAUAGAGCUGCCAAGCAGAAUUGGUCCGUAUUCAAAAGUUGAAAAAGAGUUACUCGAACAUUUUGGGUUAGCUUUUGUGAUGUUGGACCCAGCAAUAUUUCAGGAGAUUUUUGCAUCGCAAAUGAACUUCUUUUUCGAUCAAAUGCUUCAAAAUACCUCUUUGCUUCAAAUUCCUCAAUAUUUUCUUUCACAUAGUGAUGUAAUAUCACAAAGUUUUGCCGGAAUUUUACUUCGGUUCCUGGUUGAUAGAUUGGAAAAUCUUGGAGGCUCCGAUCCUUUGUACACCACAGUAAUGCUUCGAUUAUUUAAAUUGACAUUCAUGGCAGUCACUUUAUUUCCAAAUCACAACGAGAUCGUUCUUCAUCCACAUCUGGCCAAUAUUAUCACCUCUUCAAUGAAGCUUUCCGCCAAAGCUAAAGAACCAAUCAAUUAUUUCUUACUCCUUAGAGCACUUUUCCGAAGUAUAGGAGGUGGAAGAUUCGAGAUGCUGUAUAAAGAAGUUUUGCCGCUAUUACAAGUACUUUUGGAAGGAUUAAAUUCUCUUUUAUCAUUGACGCACAAGCAACGUAUGCGGGAUUUAUUUGUUGAACUUUGUCUCACAGUUCCUGUGAGACUUAGCGUUCUUCUUCCCUAUCUCAGUUACUUAAUGAAGCCACUCGUUUUGGCCUUACAAGCUGGCCCGGAGUUAGUGACUCAAGGCCUUCGGACUCUGGAGCUCUGUAUCGAUAACUUGACUCCUGAAUUUUUGGAUCCUAUCUUGGCUCCUGUUAUUAAUGAUCUGAUGCUUGCUCUUUGGAAACAUCUUAAACCGAAUCCAUAUAAUGCGGUUCACAGUCAUGCUGCUACGCGAAUUUUAGGUAAACUCGGAGGGCGUAAUCGCAGAAUGCUUAAGGAGCCACCCCUACUUGAUAACCGUUUUCCACCGCUGACAGGAAUUGAUCUACAAGUAAAUUUUGAACAGCAAUCUUUAUUGCAUUCGGUAAAUUUAGACGAAGGGUUGGCACUUGCAACGAGGACUUUACAAGAUCCUAGUUCCACUACUUUCUAUAGAAAACAAGCAUACAAAUUUUUAGUUGCUACCGUGCCUUUAUUAAUCGAUUUAGAAGAGGGUCCUGAAAACCUGGCUGUUACGAUUUCAUCAAGAGUUCAGCAACUUUUACAAAACUAUAACGCGGACAGUAUGGAAUGUACGAAUGCUACAUCGGCUGAUUCUGUCGAAAAUAUAAAUAGCGAUGUUCCUUUUGUCACGAAUGAAAUGAAAGAACUUUCAAUAAAUAGCAAAAUGACUAAAGAAGGUCACAAGCAAGUUCUAAGAAGAAGAUCUUUUCAAGAAGAGUCAUUGCUAAGCGUCUUAUGUUCGCUUUUUAUUGCAUCAUCGUUACCUGAGCUCAAAGAACAAGCUUGGCCAUUUCUACAAAAUCUAUGUCGACAUUUUGCAUUAUUGGAAGUAGGGGAAGCCUUUGAUUGCCGUUCUGCAAGAGAAAAAAAGUUUAAUUUUCAUAAUUACGAGAAGAGAUAUUUUUUGGAAACAAAGGUAAUGGUGGAAGCUCUAGUGGAGACCAUAACAUCAGAAAAUCCGAAGCUUCGAAAUCUAGCCAAAUCUGCGUUGAUGUUAAUGCAUGAGACCUGCGUGUCGAUUACUGGAUCGAAAGACUUGCUUUUUUUUUUUCCUUUAUUCCAUGUUUUAGCAUCCCGAUUCUGUUCCUGUUGUUACAAACAGGAAUGGUACCGUAAAAGUGGAGGUUGCUUGGGCAUUUCAAUACUUUGUUCGCAAAUCGAAAUGGGAAUGAAUUGGAUGUUAAAUCACGAACUGGAAUUUGUUAAAUCGUUACUAUUUAUUCUGAAAGAUAUGUCACCCGAGUUUGCCGCUGGAUAUGUAGAUAAUGCUUCCGAGACUUUAUUACACGUUCUUGAAAUCUGCAAUCGACAAGAGAAUGGAAUGGUUGACGAUAAAGAAUUACAAGAUAGACAAAACAAAUUUGACAAGUUAGUUACCUUGUUGACCUCUGAGCUUUCAAAUGCUAAUGCUGCUGUCAGAGAAACUGUGCAGGAGUCAUUUCAGAUCCUUGCUAAGCUUACCGGAAACAAUGUUACAUCUUUACUUUCCAAUGUUCGAGAUACCUUGCUUAAUCCAAUUUUUGGAAAACCCAUCCGUGCUCUUCCAAUUGCGAUGCAGAUUGGUUACAUUGAUGCGAUAACAUAUUGUUUGACAUUACAACCUCCUCUUUUGGAUUUUAACGAUAACGAAGAACUGUCCAAAAUUUUAAAUGACGCUUUACAAUUAGCUGAUGUCGAUGAUCAAUCUAUGACAGGGCGGUCAAACCAGUAUAAAGCUUAUACGGCUGGCAUCAACCUUCGGAUUGUCUGUAUCAAAUUCUUAUCUGCUUCGAUGGCUCGCUCAGAAUCUUUUCCACCAAAUACAGCCAUUAAUACUCGAGCACACAUUAUAGGUGUUUUCUUUAAAUCUUUAUACUCGAGAGCUCCGGAGAUUGUUGAGGUAGCUAACAAAGGGCUUCAGCAAGUCCUUCAACAGCAGCAUAAAUUGCCCAAAGAUCUUUUGCAAGCUGGAUUACGUCCUAUUUUAGUUAACCUAUCGGAUCAUAAAAAGUUAACUGUACAAGGACUUGAAGGUCUAGCAAGACUUUUAGAGCUGCUCACAAACUAUUUCAAAGUGGAGAUAGGAAAAAAACUACUCGACCAUUUGCGUCAAUGGGCGGAGCCAUCUGUUCUUCAGGAGGCUGCCGGGAAACCCAUUGAGAUAGAACCCAUAAAAAUAAUAGUGUCUAUUUUAAACGUAUUCCAUCUUUUACCUUCAGCUGCCAACAUAUUUUUGGAUGAUUUGGUUCUUAUCGUAUUGGACCUGGAAGAUAAAAUACGUCGUUCCUUGUCAAGUCCUUUCCGCCUUCCACUAAUUAAAUUUUUGAAUAGAUAUUCUACUGAGGCAGUUGAAUAUUUUUAUGGAAAAUUGGGCAAUAGUGAGUUCAGUCGAUUAUUUGUGAGUAUUUUGGGGACAGAGGAGGCCAUUAAGCUUCGACAAGAGAUAAUGACCUAUCCCAUGACACUUAUUGAAAAAACUUCAAAUAUCCAAGGUUCCGAGAACCUUGAAGAAAUCCAAUUUCAAAGGAUUGUGAUUAUUCGUGAGAUUAUAAAGUUUCAUCCUGAUUGGUGGACGGAGCCCACUUCCAGGCCCAUUUUGGAUUGCCUAAAGAGAUCAUGGAGUGAUGAAGGUCGUAUUGAACGAAUGAAACAUGAGAGUACUCUGAGUCUGUCUCAAUGCCGUGAAUCCAAAUAUUUAAUUGAGAUAUUUAUUAGUUAUUUGAAAAAAAAUCCCGAAGAUAUUGAGUUGCUUUUUGAAUUGGUCACUAUUUUCUCCCAAGAGAGCGUGAUUGAUUAUACUUUUUUGAAAAAGUUCUACCAGGAAGAAGUGGCAAUGAAAUACACAGUGGAACAGAAAAGGGCUAUUCUCAACAGAUUUUUAGAUAGCUUCGAAGAUACAGAUAUUUCCUCUAGCGUCAAAAUGCAAUCUUUAAAGGUUAUUGUUAUUCCGAUGCUUUUGUCAACCUUUUCCAGAGGGCAGGAAUAUGAUCAAAUCAUAGGAAAUGUUCAGAUGGAUAAGAUUCAAAACAUCUGGCAUUAUUUGGCUGAAACUCAUGAGAUUGAGGAUUCUUUGCGCAUAGAGAUACUCCAGUUCUCAACCCUUCUCGUGCAACGAGUACCACACCUCAUUACCACUCGAGGUAAUCUUGCAAAACUUGGUUGGAAUUGGUCUAGAGUGGAUGACAUAACCGCAAAACAAGCAGCAUUCGUAUUCUUGGCUCAAAUAAUUGCUGAAUUUGAAUCUUUCAAGUCAAAAAUUUUAUUUCAAUCAUAUGUCGCUCUUUUACGAGCUCAUCAAUUAGAGGCAAGAACAUUAGUAAGACAAGCAUUAGACAUCCUCGCUCCGGUGAUUCAGAAGGUUAGGAUUCUCACACAUAAUCCACCGAAAGAUUAUGCUGACGAUUCAAAAAAAGAUUCCAAGAAUAAAAAAGCCCCACCACCAGCGUGGAUUCAUUAUACAAAAAAAGUUUUAUUAGAAGAUGGUCACAGUGUUUCGCAAUUGAUUAAUGUAUAUCAAUUGUUAGUUCGUCAUCCCGACCUAUCUUAUGAUCAUAGGGAACAUUUCAUGCCACAUAUUGCGAACACCUUGACAAAACUAGGAUUAUUUCAAAAUGCCACGCCAGAAACCCGACUUUUGACUAUAGAUCUUUCGGAAUUAAUAUUGAAAUGGGAGAAACGUCGGACAUCGGACAAUCGGGUUCCGGAUUACAUGAGCAGCGCAAACUCAACACCCGCCGCUACUCCAGAUAAAAGAAGGUUUGAGUUGGAUCCAGAGAAUUCUCCUAGAAAAAGACAAUUAAUUGAACACGGUGGUGAAUUAAGAGGUAUUACAGUCUCAGAUCAUAACCCGAAAUACGUUCCUAAUACAGGCUUAAGGGAAAAUGUGGUCAGUUACCUUAUCAAAUUUGUGUGCACUUCCAAUGAAUCUGUCAGCAAGGGUGUAUUGACGCGUAGAGCCCUGGAACUUAUCAAAGAGUUUUUGCAGCCGGAAUUUUGGCCAGAGAUUAGCGUGAAGUUGAAUGUAUUUGACCGAACACUGAAGGACGCGGAAAUUCAGAACCCACCUGAUAACACAUGUAAUAGCUUAGAGGUGCUUAACAUAAUUCUGGAGAGGAAGUCGACUGAUUGGUGUCUUGCUAACAUUGUUCACCUACAGCAAUUGUUAAAACAUAAAUCAGAAGUUUUCAUCAAAAUGAUAAAUGCUACGAUUCAAGAAGGACUUCAAACUGGAAAUAAUUUAUAUAGCAUAAUGAUGCUCUCAAAAGCUAUGGCAAGUUCAAUUCCAAAGAACAUUGAUCCGUUUAUGGCGGAGGUCAUUUUGGUAGUGCAGAAACUUACGAAAGAUGUCAUAAACUUAAAUCAAAACGCUCCUUCAAAUGCUACCAUUACUUCUAGCAACGCUCAACAACCCGAUUCUCCAAUCAGCGUUCUUGUUAUGGCGUUGCAAAUUAUAGACUCACGUAUUUCCGACUUGAACGAACCGAGACCGAUUUUUCUCGCGUGCCUCGCCCAACUUGUGGAAAAGACAAAAGAUAAUGAGCUUUUACGAACUAUUUUCGGCAUG